AAUGGCCAAACUUGUAGUUGACAUAAGUAAAUUUGUAGCAUUGAAAGUUUUAUGAGUGGUAGAUAUGUCAUAUGAACUUCAUUUCAUCCAAAGCCAAUAACUCAAAAAAUCAUCCAUGCCUCCAUUUCCCACAUAAAAUCAACCUCAAUUUCCCCCAAAUUCUGCGCCUGAAUGUUUUCGGCGGUACCCUCGCCGUCCGCCGUUCUAUGCCAUGCAGGAGCCCCACCUAGAGGCAGGAACAAUCAGCUCAGCAAAAAUGACCAAAAAUUGCGCAGGAACGCCGGUGCGCUGGGGAACGUGUUGGAAGUCGUGCAGAAGGAUGUGAAGUUUUUGGGAGAUGGUUUGAGCAAAGGAUUGGAAUGGGCGAACAAGGCGUUUCGGAUUCCUGACCUUUCCAAGUCCGUGGAGGAUUUUGUGUGGCUGCGGAAUGCGGAGGAUCCGCAGGCGGCGGCGCUCCGGUUUCCGUCGUGGCCGCAGCCCUGCUAUCCAGAGCUCACUGGUGCUGAUUUGUUUCUGGCGGACCUCAAGGCCGUGGAGGUGUAUGGAUGGUAUCUUUACUAUUUAUCCAAGAUGUGGACAAAGCCUCUUCCUGAAACGUACGAUGCAGAGAAAGUUACAGAGUAUUUCAUCUUGAGGCCUCAUGUGGUGACCCUCCGGCUUCUUGAGGUCCUUACUGCCUUUCUUUCCGCUACAAUCAAAUCCAGAAUCUCUAGGAUCAGUUGUGGCGCAGAGGAGGAUGCUCGCACAAGUGUAUCUGAUUACAAUUUUGGGAUAAUUUUAAAAGACACUAUGCUGAAUUUGGGUCCAACUUUUAUAAAAGUUGGUCAAUCCUUAUCUACAAGGCCAGACAUAAUUGGUCCUGAAGUCUCAACGGCAUUGUCAGAACUGCAUGAUCAAAUCCCUCCUUUCCCACGGGCUGAAGCAAUGAAGAUUAUAGAAGAAGAAUUAGGUUCUCCCGUGGACAUGCAUUUUAGUUAUGUCUCUGAGGAUCCAGUAGCUGCAGCUUCAUUUGGGCAGGUUUACAAGGCAAGAACCCAUGAUGGAUUUGAUGUUGCUGUGAAAGUUCAGCGUCCUAACUUACGCCACAUUGUUGUUCGUGAUAUUUAUAUUCUUCGUACAGGGCUAGGACUUCUGCAGAAAAUAGCUCAACGAAAAAGUGACCUUCGUCUGUAUGCGGAUGAACUAGGAAAAGGUUUGAUAGGGGAGUUAGAUUACAACUUGGAGGCAGCUAAUGCUUUAGAGUUCAUGGAAGCUCAUUCUCAGUUCACAUUUAUUUGUUUGCCAAAAGUAUAUGAGCAUUUGACCAGGAAACGAGUUUUAACUAUGGAAUGGAUGGCUGGUGAGAGUCCGACUGAGUUGCUAUCUGUUUCUUCUGAGGAGUCUAACCAAAAGCUUCUAGAUCUGGUUAACAAAGGUGUGGAGGCAUCAUUAAUACAACUACUUGAGACUGGCCUAAUGCAUGCUGAUCCUCAUCCAGGAAAUUUGCGUUACACGUCGUCUGGGAAGCUUGGGUUUCUUGAUUUUGGUUUGCUCUGUCGGAUGGAGAAGAAGCACCAGUUUGCGAUGCUUGGUGCCGUUGUUCACAUUGUAAAUGGUGAUUGGGCAUCUCUUGUGUAUGAUUUGACGGAAAUGGAUGUUAUUAGACCUGGGACCAACAUAAGGCGUUUCACCAUGGACCUGGAAGAUGCCCUAGGGGAGUUGGAAUUUACCAAUGGAAUACCAGAUGUCAAGUUUAGUCGGGUACUGGGUAAAAUAUGGUCUGUUGCUCUAAAGUAUCACUGCCGCAUGCCGCCAUAUUAUGUUCUUGUCUUGCGGUCUCUGGCAUCUCUGGAAGGAUUGGCAGUAGCUGCGAAUCCAACGUUUAAGACGUUUGAAGCUGCAUAUCCGUAUGUUGUUCAGAAGCUUCUUGUUGACAAUUCUUCUGCUACGAGGAGAAUCUUAUACUCGGUUGUCUUCAACAGAAGAAGAGAAUUUCAAUGGCAAAAGCUUGCUGUUUUCUUAAGAGUUGGAGCAACCAGGAAAGGGCUGCAAUCAUUGGUGCCACAAAAUAGUCGUACUUCUCUUGUGCAAUCUGCAAAUGGAAUCUCGCCUGAAGUGAAUCUCACAAAUCUGGCUUUGAAAAUUCUACCAUCCAAAAAUGGCCUUGUUUUAAGAAGACUCUUGAUGACUGCAGAUGGAGCUUCACUGAUUCAAGUGCUCGUUUCAAAAGAGGCGAGUUCGUUCCGCCAACAGCUUUGUCAGGUGGUUGCAGACAUACUAUACAAAUGGAUCUCUGGAGCUGUAGAGAAAGGUCUCAAUAUCCUCAAACUCAGUUCUCCAUUCACGGCGGCCAACAGCAACCCACAAGUAUCUUCUACAAACGAUGAAUACGUAUCCAUCCUCAGAGAUCGUCGUCUCAGAGUGAUCUUCUUCAAGUCUUUCAAUUCUGCAAGGAAAGAUCCUCUUUUGCUAUUGAGAUUCUGCUGUGCUUCUUUCUCGAUGUUCUUCCUGGCGUCAGCUAUGGCUUGUCGGAGAGUGUUGGCUGCCCUCAUCGAAGCUUAUUUGAGUCGAGCAUCCUAUAACUCGAAGCAAAUCGCUACAGCUAACUAAGGUACGUACUCGGACGCCGUGACUGUUUCUUCUUCAAGCUUCUCAUAAAAAGAUGAUGUGAGGUGCAAAACAUCUGCUGAAGAUUGUAUACAUUUUUAACACUGUAAAUAUGUAUACGGUAUACCAUGUAUAAAUUAUAAUACAUCCUUCAAAUUUUAAACCUAAUAAAGGUAUAAUGAAAUGCAAGUAUGAGUUA